UGAACGCGAGACAAGCUGCUGUCGGAACGGUCGGAACAGCUCGGCCGGUGGUACAAUUUCCGAUAAUUAGGGCAGAUCUGGCAAGUACCUGACAACUAAACCAACAAAAUCACAUUCAAAGGAUGCAAAAAAAAAAAAACAAAGCGGACGGAUUUUCCCUGCUGCAUUUCGUAAAAUUUCGGAACAAUCAUGAGCAGCAGCUUGGAGAACCGCAAGAACUCUCCCGGUGGUCUAUGUUCCGGUUGUCUGACUGGAACCUGCCUCAGAACGUUCUGAGACAUCUUCCGAAACAUGAAUCCGAAGAGUUUUGGGAUUUCAUCGUCGGGAAUAGUCAUCUUCGUGACUUCUUUGGAAAGGACAAUAAUAUUGGACGAUCCCAGACCCAACGACGACGGUUCCGACUCAAGGUCACGGAACAUGGUCAGCCGCCGUACGGAUAUCGAUGGAUUAAGUUGUGCUUACGCCAACUGUCCGUCCACGGUAGCGUCCAGCAGGACACCCAAUUUUCCACAAAACGGGCGUUCGUUGUCCCGCAGCUUACUUCACGGGUGGUCAACCAGGUUAAAUUGCAUCGCCAAUCAUCAUCCGGCUGGAUCCGGAACCGGCUUUAGAUUUUUAACAAAACGGGUCUUGAUUUCCCCAGAACUAUUUACGUUCUCGGUGCCCAGCUCGGAUAAUAAGAACAGCAAUCGGGGGAUGGUUCUUCUGAGACGGAACGUGGGAAGGCGUUUUAGUGAAUCAGUGUUCAAAUCAAGUUAGAAAGUGUAUUUUCGGUAACUUCUUGAUCCAGUGCAAGUGUUGCUUGAAACAAGCGAAGAAAAUUAUCUAAAUUUAAAAAAUGUAGCGUUUCUG